AUGCCCCCGCGCCCCCCGCUGGCAGCCAGGUCGCGUCCUUUGUCGGCAAUUUACAUUGGUUCAGGUUCUACUCCGACCGCCUCACCCCCCACCAUUCCCGAUCUUCCUGAACCACCCAGUCCCUCGACAUCUAUCGCGUCUGGUCUGCCUUCACCGCCCGCAACCAACUCUACAGGCAGCGGGAGCAUUGACGACGACAACAACAGCAACGACGCCGGCAGUCUCCGUCAGCGGACCCCGGCUCGUUCAAACACCAUCUCAUAUAUGGCCAACGGCAACUAUGAUAGGCCUCACAGCACAUCAUGGAGCAGACAGCAGUAUACAGACGAUGAGGAUGAGGGAAACGACAACGAAAACGAGGAAGACAACACGGCGAGAUUAUCCGAUGGGAGGAGAGCACCGAAAGCUACCCCGCAGGAUAAUCUUUCUGCGCUACAACGGGUGAAAAACCUGACGCAGCGCAAUCGUAUGGUUCUCGAUAAACUUACUUCUAUUUCAAGGUUGAACUCUCCAGUACCAUCGAAUGCCUCUCGCUCGCCCCUUUCACCGCCCUCAGCACUUAGUUCGUCUUCGUCUUCGUCUCGGGUUUCUUCGUCCCACCCCCGUCCGCAGUCUGCAUCCAACCCCUUGCCUACCAACACUCGCAGUAGUCUUGAUCCGUCGCAUUCUGGUUCUGAAACAGAGCGCGAAAGUCAGCAUAUAUCCAGUCAUUCAUACCCGUCGUCAGACGACCUGUCCGCCACGCCGCCCUCAAACUAUUAUGACUUCCGAGCACCUCCACCAAUCAGAGAACGACGUAUAUCUGCGCCCGCAUCACCAGCAAAAGCUGGCCGAUCACCGCGUGACAGAGACCGAGGACCUUCCCCUGGGCCAUCCCGCACGCCCCGGAAGAGGGUAUCCAUGGCUAUGUCAGUAGACGAAGGGUAUAGGAAUGUGCAACAGGAGGAUGAACUUGAUGUUACAACGGCAGCUCUCGCCGCUGUUGCCUCAUCGCGAAGGAGUCCCACAGGUAGUGGGGGGAAAAGGAACAGGCAGCCAUUGCCUAGAGAAUUCAGAGAAAAGGAAACGAGGAGCCCGGAGGAAAAGCCCAACGGCGAACCAUCAACACCGCACCGACAACGACACCGAAAUGGUCGCUCUUCGCCUUCCUCUCCAGGAACUUCCAGGUCGAACUUCCCAAAUACCGUGCAGACGUCCCCACGCCGUCCAGGAGCAUCUCGGUACUCGACCGUACGUGAUUUGACGAGAAAACAUCAGACGAGGUGGCUUUCCGAGGAUUUGUCUGGCGACGUAGAAGGGGACACUUCUCAGCGGGAUGCUAAUAAUGCCAACGCAGGGAGACGGCAAGGACACCGGGGCGGGAGCUCGGAUGGUCUACUCAUGCUGACAAAUGGGCGCAGUCUUGUCGGGGAAGGUCUGCGUGCUGCAGGUCUUACCAAGCGGCGUGAGGAAGAUCCCUUCACUAGUGGUGGUGCCCCAGCGUCGCCGCGACGAACCAAGUCUACUGGCAAUUCGUCAGUUAUACAAGAAGAUUGGGAGCUGGCACCAGCCAGAAACGCAGGCUACAACACACGCAUCAGUGAAGGCGUUGGUCCCCCAGUUGGGCGAGAUUACGAUCCACGUACACCUAUUAACAACCUGCACAGACGUUCCGAACGCGCUAACAAUAGCGCUGGUCAAUUAGCGCGCCCUGGGACGUCUAUGGCAGCGUUGCAUCACGAUAGUCCCGACAACGUACCUCCAAGGACUGCGCCAGCUGCACUGCGUCAAUAUAAGUCAACAUACGCUCUGGCUGACCGCGAUCGUAAUACGUUUCAACAGGAAUUUGGGCAGGCUAUUCCCGAUCGCGCCUAUUCAUCACCAUUUGCCAACGGAAGAUCCGCGUCCACAGCCCUACCUCCGGGUGCGUCGCCUGGAAUGGGACGAGAUUCCAACACUGAGCAUCGUCGGCUGAUGCUGGAGGCCUUGACUAUGUUUGAGUCGCACCUUUCUCGCCUUCCUCCAAUGGGACAGACGACGACAACGACCAUUCCUGAGUUAUUCCAGAGCGCCCAACACCUUGUCCACGCAUUGGAUAGACUGAACGGGAUGUUGAAGGUCGGUACCAAUAAAGCACUCGAAGCUCAAAUCGAGGCCGAGGUCGCAGACACCGGAGAAGGAGUAGAUCUCGUCGACCUAUGGCGAUCGAUCGGCGCAGAGCAUCGAGAAAGCCUCCGGGUUAGCGACGAGGUUGUUCGCAAUAUGACUGGUUUCUUGCUUGGCGUCGGAAAAGUCCUGCGAGAGUCAAACAUUGCAAACGGCCAACAACAGCAUCUCAGAACGAUGAGCCUUGAUGAAGAAGUCGCGCGGAGAGCUACACCGGAUAUUGUACCUGUUGCCAAUAGCAGAGUAUCGGAUGGCAGGAAAAGCCGAGAGACGAGGCGUAGCUGGGAUCCACGGGAUGCUCGUGAGUCGGUCGUCCGGAUGUCAAGUCGAGAGGCAAGCCGCGCUCGACCUGGCUCAUCCCUUAAUCUAUUGAGAGGCUCGGCAACGUCCAGCAGUGAGGGCAGGAGCGUGGCCGAUGCAGUCGGAGAGCAAACCCCGCAGACAGUGCGAAACGUCUCUUCGCUUGCACAAUCGUCUUCAAUACGUCGCAUGUACAUCACGCGAGAAUCGAGGGCUACACCUGACGUUUUGCCAUCUCUUACGACUAAAUUUGAUUACCAAGACUCUCCUGGAAACCAUGAACCUUCCCCAACGCCAACUUCUCGGACCUCCCAUUCGGCGUUGUCGGAGCGACCUCGCAACUUCCCCCCACUUGCAGUGCCACCAACACUGUCAACACUUCCAUCUGAAUCAAUCAUUAAUCACAAUAACACUUCACCAUCCGAAUCAGUGACACGCCGCAAGGUUUCAAGUAAUUCUAAUAUCACCGUGCGCGCGGAGCAGUCUACUUUCAAUUCUGUAAUCAAACCCCCAAACGCUACGACUGCCCUCACACCGCAUACGGUGUCGAUGCUCAACUCGCCUGCUCAAAUUACACAAGCGCUUCCAUCUCCUCUCAGUCGCAGCGAGUCGUCUAGCUCUGCGCGGACGAACGGCGUCACCUUCUCGCGCCCAUCGACUAUCUCGUUGUCGGCGCUCAACGGUGUCCAGGAACGAGACGAGCGCAGCGCGCGCCUGCGCGUUGUCACGACGUCGUCGUCUGGGAAGAGCGACAAUGAGCGUGAGCGUAGGCCAAACCCCAUCACCAAGCUUGCCCCUGCAGCGGUGAUCUCCCCCAUGUCGGGCUCAGAGACGGAGCGCCCAGAGAGCUGGCGACGGACGAUCGGCGCGCGACCGCGGAUCUCGUUGGACAGUACUCGGGAGGCGGAGGGCGCGGUCGAGGUGCGUAGUGCGAGUCGCAACGCGACAAUCUCGGCCACGCGCAAGGAACGCCGGCGGACGAUUACGGAGAUCUUCCAGCGGUAG